CUUCACGUUUGCUCAACGCAAGCCUCUUCGCCGCGUCAUCAGAGCCAUCGUCUCUCACGUAGAUUUGCCUACACCAGAACCUCGCCUAUCUUCGCUGUUUGCUAACGUCCGCAUGGCUGAGGAAGCGCAGAAGAAUGUCGUCCAGCUUGCUGAGCAGCUCGCAGAAGGCUUUGCAGCCUUGAGCGGGGAGUAUCAGGUUUUGUUCGACCAACAGAGGCAGCUUGAAAGCAAGCUGUCAUGGGCCAAGCAACAGUAUCUCGAUCUCCUCAAGCGAUUCACGCCGAGCACAUUAGCGCAAGACCAUAUUGUCUUUCUUCAGGAUCUUGAGCGAGUGGCCGAUGUGCAGCCUCGAGCGCAGUCGAACCUGGUGGAACAGCUGGCGCAGAACGAUGAUGUCGAGCGAAAGAGCCGGGCAGUGGUCAUCAGACAGGCCGAAGUUGCUGCGGCUGGUCUACGUGCAUCCUUACCGGAUCCUGGCGUGAAGAUUUGGAGCGGCCCAUCUGCAGAUAGACCAACAAGUCCAUUAAGAAUACAGACCAACAAUGUAACACCGCCUAUUGAAAAGGACUUUACUAUCGCAGGCACUCCCAGCAAGUUGGGGUGUCCUUUUGCAUCGGGUAGUGGACGGGGAAGCCCGCUUGCUACACCGCGUAGCUCUACUUCGCGGCUGAGUGUGGCGGGGAGAAGGUCUAAACGACCAUCCUUUUGUGAUCCAAUACGAGCUGAGAUAUGCGGCAACAUCCCAGCGUCCCCAUCAGCCUCUGUCGACGGUUCUGCUGCUGUCUGUCCAAUCCGAUUCCUCGACCAACAUGACCCAGAAGAGGUUGCCAAGUACUUUGAAAAACACAAACACGAACUCCCACGAAGUCACGAGGUGUGCAUUAAUCGCUUUCAGAGCAACCAGGAGAGUAUAGAACAGCUCGACCGCAAAUACGGCAAUCUCGUCAACAUGAUCCAGGGCCUCGGCCAGAAACACCAGGCGUGGCUACCUGAAGAACCAGAGGACGACAUUGAAGAAGAGCCCGAGUCUGGAGCAAACCCUGAUGCCAAAGCGGACGCUAAGGUAGAGAGCUGGGCUAAGGCUGUCUCGGCCAGUUUGCAAGACGGGGUCCCGCCGAGUGACGACGAACCAGAAGAGCCCAACAUGGAGGAGACCAGAACCGCCCACUUCGAUCGCCCGCUCAAAGAAGUCAGACUCGGCGAGUCGCCUAGUCGUCCCUGGGGUAUCUCGGUACCAGCCAAGUAUACGGAUGCAGGAAGUUCGUCUUCCGUCGGCUCCGUUCCAACCGCGUCGCCACCAGUUCCAUCGGAGACUGAUCAUCCUGUCGUGGAAACACCUCCAAAGACUGGAAAAUGUCCAUUCGAUCAUCGGGCCAUGGGCUUGAUGCCUCCAAAACAGGAGUCGAUUCCAACCACUCACCCCUUUCCGCAGCCUGCAUCUACGACGCCUGAACCUCCAGCAACACCACCACCACAGCCACGAGCUGCUCCACCAAAAGAUGUGCCACCACAAGCUGCUCCGCCCCGAUCGAACGAACAUGAUGGUCCUCAGGUCGUACCACAGAUGAUUUUCAACGGACCUGUUUUCCUCGGUUAUUCACCAGAUCAACUGAUCGCCUUGUUGCAAAACAGUAAUAUUGGAUCCAUGAUGCGCUGAGUGCAGAGGGUUUGAAUCAGAUAUGACAUUCGAUGGAGCGUUCAAUUAUGAGGUAUUGUAUUUAAUUACCAGGUAGGCAUUGACAAUUGCGACUUCACACUGCUACCUGCCGGCCGCUCGGGUAUUAUGCUUUGUCUUACAUGCAUUUGCCGCUCGUCUGAUAUUGUCCUGCUCGAAGUCGCCUGCCUUGCCAGACACAACUGCAUCUAGUCAACUCGGAACUAAACAUAGUCUGCUCUGCCUGUUCAAUUUACUAGCUGUUUGGUAUGUUUUGGUCGGUAGUUUUCGGGUCUGCUUCAUUUCUUCAAGUCUGUCGUCCAAGUCC